AAACAUUAUGAAUGUUGACUCGUCAGGCAUUAUAGGGAGGAAUGAACACAUAUCGGUGCCCAUGCCAGGUUCCUUCAUGCAAACCCGCUGUUUGAAAUUCGCGCGCAGCCAUUUCAAAAAGCACACGGGGAGGCUUCCAUUUGACGCGGUUGCCAUGGAAACAGAAUCCUUGCACCGUGGCCUUGAUUGACGGACGAAACGCCGCCCACGAGUCGCGGAGGCUUGAGUAUUCCCACAGAUGUUGGAGUCGACACGACAAAAACAAAGUUGAAAGUGAGAAGGCGUAACAGUUAGUUCAUGGCCAACAGCAGCAGCACCUGAAGACGCGUCUCCGCUCAUAAACCUUGACAUGGAUGUGCUGAAAUCAGCCAGAAGGGCUUUUAUUCGCAGUCCCAGCCUGACCACACAGUCCCGGAGCUCAGGCAAGCACCAGAAGCUCCCUGAGAACUGGACUGACACGAGAGAGACUCUUCAGGAGGGAAUGACCUUUAACCUUCGGCAUCUGGGCAUGACUCUGGUGGACCAACCCAAAGGCGAGGAGCUCUCAGCUGCCGCUGUCAAGAGGAUUGUUGCCACAGCCAAAGCCAGCGGGAAGAAACUGCCUAAAGUGGCCCUGAAAGUGUCUCCUCGGGGAAUCGUCCUGUGUGACAGUGUGUCCAACCAGCUGAUCGAGAACAUUUCCAUAUACAGGAUAUCAUACUGCACAGCUGACAAGAUGCAUGACAAAGUGUUUGCUUUCAUCGCUCAGAACCAGCAGAAUGAGAGGCUGGAGUGCCAUGCGUUCUUCUGUGCUAAACGGAAAGUGGCCCAGGCAGUCACGCUCACGGUGGCCCAGGCCUUCAGAGUGGCCUUCGAGUUGUGGGAGGUUGCCAAAGAAGAGAGAGAGAAUCAUGUGAAAUGGGAUUCAGCUGGAGAGACGUCCAACAGCUCACAGUCGGAGAGAUCGGUCAGCCUGAGCAGCCUGAAAGGAGGAGCAGUAGCUACAGAAAACCUGUUGGACAUUGACGAUUCCUCAUCUGCUGUGGUGAAUGCGGACAAUCCUCCCGAAUCCAACAACAGCAACACUGUAUGGGAGACGGAUGAUGGUCUGGAAGAGGCUUUUUCAAGGAAGGGCAAAUCCUUGAGAAGUGAGCUGCAUGUAAAAAGCAUGCUGAUAAGCUCUCGCACAUCAAGACGAUCUCAAACUACAAACUUUGUGUGUUUGUUCUCAAAGAUUGUUGGAACCAUUUGAAAUAUUUCUUUUAGUUUGCUACUUUGCUCCAACUUCCCGGACUUUUGAUUUAUCAUCCAGAGCAACUUUUGAUGUGAGUGCCAAGAGGCACUUUUCCCAUACUGAUGUCUCAUGGGACAUAUUUUCUCAUUUUAUUUGUUUAUUCUUCACAGAACCAAGCUAAAGCUUUACUUAACAGUAGUUUGCUCUGCAAAUGUAGAGUUGGCCUUCAAUGAUUUAUUUCUGAUGGCAUAUAAAUGACAAACCUGACCUGAAUAUUUGUGCUUUAUGAGUAAAAAUGGUCUAAAUUGUGAUUAAAUCCACCAGACAGGCUGAAGAUGGAAUGCUUGGGAGCAUUUCCUCAACAAGCCUCUUAUUUAUUUUAUUAUUUUUUUCUUUCUACUGCUGUUUUUGUCUACUGUUGUCAGACUUAUAAUGGUUGAUAUGAAUAAUUGAUAAUGUAAAUAAGAAAAUUAAUUGUGUAUAAUAAUAAUAAACUAUUAUUAUUACUAUUAAUACUAUUACUAUUAGAGCUAAGCAAAUAAAUUGGAAUAAGUAGAAUUGGCAUAAAGCGAUUGUAUAUAAUAUGUGUGUAUAUAUUAAUAUUGAAGUAGCUAAUGCCACAUUUAAUCUUUCAGGUAUAUUGGAAGAUUAAUAUCAAAAACUCUUUCAUGGAUUAUCACCUCCUUUAAAAUGGAACUGUGUUUCUUAAAGGGCUACAGAGAAACGUCCUGCAGCCCUUGAUUGUUGUACUCUCUCUUUGU